UUCUGUCAUUGUUUGUCAGUCAGUCAAAGCAAUGAAAUAUUUAUUUUGUGAAAUCUAAGUUUAAUAAUUGUUACUAUAAUCGUUUUCUUAUGAAGAACUGAGGUUAACUACAUUUAACAAUGGCUUCAACUACAGUGAUUGAGACUGUGACUAUAACAAGACCACUAAAGGUGAUAGCGCUUAUAUGCGGCUUGUUAGUAGUGAUCCUGAUGGUAUUGGGCCUGGCGUCGGCCGACUGGCUGAUGGCGGCAGGUUGGAGACAAGGCCUCUUCAUGCACUGUAUAGACCCUGAAGCUCCUACGCCGUUGCCCUUCGAUAUAACUGCACAGCCCGGCUGCUAUGCUGCUAGGCCCGCACCUUAUAUUAAAGCGGCAGCCGGGCUGUGCGUGGCGACCCUGGCAGCGGAUGUAUGCGGCGCCUUACUCACGGGGUUGGGUCUUCGGUCAGCAGACCACCGCACCAAGUUCCGAUACUAUCGGUUCGCCGUACUCGCUAUGUCGCUAGCCCUAAUGUGCAUUUUAAUAGCGUUAGUGAUCUACCCGGUCUGCUUCGCUGCGGAGCUGAACUUGGGUAAUAGAUCGGUGUGGGAGUUUGGAUGGGCGUACGGCGUCGGCUGGGGCGCCGCCAUCUUCCUGUUCGGCGCUGUCGUCUUGCUACUCUGUGACAAGGAGAGCGAGGAGCUUUACUACAAGGAGCGGAAAGUGGUGAGCGCAGAGAGCGGCGCGCGCCCCUAGGGCCGCGGGCGCCUGCCCGACCUGGUGCCGUGAGGCGCGCGCUAGCGGCCCCGGCCGCUGGGUCUAGCCGCGCCGCCGGACUAGCUCCACCACUCCACCCGCGCCCCAACUACUGCCCACUCGCCUACUCACGCGCCGCACUUAACCUCACUCUCUACCGACACCUGUACAGAUGAUCAAACCUAUUCCUACCGUCAGAUAAUGACAAUAUUUUUGACACGUAUUUUUUUGUUUCGACCAAUUAGAAAAGAAAUCCCGUAUCAAAACGAACCAUUCGAAGGUGGCGUGUGAAAUGUAUGUGAAACUAACGACUUUGGUACCUAAUUUAACUUAGAAAUGUGUUAGUAGUUUUAAAUUACAACGGGACUUAUUCUAGGCAGCGUGCGUGACGUCGCUGCGACGCACUCAUUUAAUUCAAUUAGUUUAGUAUGUCUCACAAUAGUUACUAUCCAAAAAGAAUACAGAUGAAGCGAAGGCCAUCAUAAUUGUGCAUGUAGCAUUUCUUGGUCAGAGUUUAUUCUGAUAGGAUAAAGCAUUAUAUAGAAUAUUAACUAAAAUUACAAAGAUCGACUUAAAUCAAUCGCAUUAAAAUCCAGCUUCGCAAGUUCAUUUCUAAUUUCAAACUAAACAAACAAGGUUUUGGGUAAGUUAAACAAAAAAAUACGUGUUCAACAAUAUUUGUAAGUUUCCCUGACUGUCAUUAAAACGAAUUUAACAUCCAAAUUCUAUUCAUAGAUUUGUCUAUGAUAUAUCUCUAGCUAACAAAUCUAUCGACAGUAAGUUUUUUAACAAUGAUCGUUGAAUAAAAAUAUUUUAAUAUGUCCAAUCUAAACUGUUGUAUGCGGUAGAUAGUGAUGACAAACCAAUGUUUAAGUGUGCGCUGUUUGAUCAAGGUAGUUGCCUGGGUGACGUGGGUACGACUGACGCAGGUCCCCGUGCCCACGUCCCCCAGUGCCGGGGAAGCGACUUGUCGAUGCUGUAUCAGACCCAUCGCAAUACUAGCGACGGUCCCGUUGUUUUUGUUGUUCCAAGAUAUCAUAGUACUUGACUGUUCAAAAUUUAAUAAUAAUUAUUCUUGUAUGCGGUAACUGCGACUCGUACUGAAACUAUAUUGUAGAUUUAAUAAUUGUUAUAACGAAACUAUAAGUAAUAGAACAACAACUUCGUUUGGCUACUUCCAGUGUAAGUGCUAUGAUUCUUUUGUAGACUCUUAGUUUGUUUUAAUUUAUGUUAUUUUAUAGUUUCUUCUGUAGUUUUAGUAUGACUUACCUCGGUUGAUUAUUUUUAUUUUGUAUCGGUUAGAAACGAUAAGAUCUGAAAGCGAGAGAUUAACUAAAAUCUACUUAAUAAUUGAGAAUCGCCUUAUUCGGGAUAUAUUUUUGUGAUUUCUUUUUUUUAUGUUUUAUUUUUUAAGUGUGUGUAUGAUAAUUUGGCGCUUAGUGACGGGCGGACCACAUUCAGAUCGUGUGUGUACUUGUGUACCUCGAAUGUAAUCCGUUCCAAAGAGCGAUAGUGUUAGAUUGGUUUAAUUUAUUAUUUGGUUAGUGUUGUGUAUCAGUGUAUAUGGCUUGCGACGUGUAGUGGGGGGAGGGCGGCGCAGGGCGGGGCGGCGCGCCGGGGCCGCGGGCCAUAGGGCAGGCGACCCUCAGUGUUUGACUGACGCGACUAGUGAACUAGUGUGAUAUUGUGACCAGUGUACCACGAGGCACGGACCACCACGAUAUCGGACUACGACUACUCACAUAUUUAAAGGAAUUAAAUAUAUGUUUUCAUUAAAGUUACCCUUAGUAUCGUAUUAUACCUACUCCAUAUUUGAAAACUAUUUUAUUAACGAUUAUAUACAUAGAAAUCGUGUCUGACUAUGUAAGCCGUACGCUGUACGCAAAUUGGUUGAUAUUAAUUUGAAUUGUAUUAGUGAUGUCUAGAAUCUCGUUGGUUUUACUAUUUUGUAAAUCUCAAAGUUUGGAAUUGAAGAUAAUUUAAAAAUUAUAUUUUCUUAAUAUUUAUGUAAACGUACCUAAUGGAACAAUUAAUUGACGAGUAAAAUUCGUAAUAAUUAUAAAAUAGUGGUAAUUAUAUGUGUAAGUGUAAUAUUUGUGGACAUUGUUGUAAUGGCAUGCCAUGUUUGUCUGACACGGCGAAGUUGCAGCUUCGUAUUUAUUUUAUUGUCGAAUAUUCUUGGUCAAGGCUUUAAUUUUUAACGUAUUUUAUUGGUCGAUGCAUAAAUCAAUGUUUUAUUCCUAAAAUGUAAUGUAAACGCACGAUUUCCUAUUAAUUUUGUGCAAAAUAUAAGAAAAUCUUUUUAUAAAUGAGUAAUUUUGUAUUUUUAAGAUCUGGCUAUCGAAAACUGUAUAUUUAGUUUUAUAAUAUACUUUAUUGUGAUAAAAAUGCAGCUAUAUGUAAUCGUUGAUGUAAUUGAUUGAGGCUUUGCAUACUUCGUGUUUUCAUAUCGCGAGCGCUGCAGCUUGUGCGCUUGUCGAUUUCAAUUUAUCCACAUAAUCACCCAGUCGAUGACAUACUUCAUUGUAAUAACUAUUCAUAUCCUUACAUACUCUUAAUUACAGUAAAAUAAAUUUAGCUCACUUCAACCUUCCCUUCGCGAAACCCGUUAUUCGCUCUUAGUCACUACUUUAUAAGAAACACUGAAUUUUCAACCUAAAUAACUUAAAAAUGUGUUAUUUUUGAGCUCCAUAAAAUUUUUGAAAUGUACUAAUAAUUUUUAUACUCUUAAGCUUUAUUUUAGGAUUACGUCUGAUUUUAUUUAAGUACAAGGCUAAACUAGAUUUAAGUUUUUAUAGCAAUAAUUGUUGCUCUCAUCUUUAGUCCGCUAAAUAUGAAUAAAUAUUUAAUAAAUCCACACUGCCAUGUAACAAUUAACUUACAUUUCUUUGUAAGUCAUAUUAAUUUUACUGUAGUCAUAAUAAAUAACAUUAAAUUAUUGAAGUUUCCUAAUAUAAGUGUACAUUUUACAUAGAAAUGAUAACCCCUUGUAAUUGAUAUUGAAUUACAUUAGCUACUUAAUUUUAUGCACCUCGAACGUACUUGGACAGACAUAAAAUAAAUAUGUUGUUUCAUGCACCUGAGAUAAACCUUUUAAUCCAGUGUAUAAAAUCUUACCAAACAAAUAUCGAUAGAUUUUCUAUACCUAUAAUAUUUUCUCAUUUCCUACAAAAUGUAAUUUGUAACAAAUUAGAAAAUAUUCGGU